AAUUUGUUAUCAAUCAAUCAUUGCAAUUCAGGAUUCGCACGUUUUUAAUUAUUUGUGUGGCUAUGCGUAAUUAAUUAUAGAUCAUUAAUCAAUAGUUCAAGUACAUCUAUUACAUAGGGUGUUGAAAUGCCAUGAAAAACUUGAUUAUGAUUAAAACUCCAUGCGCGCUCCUCGAAUAUCAGUUAUCUUCAGUUAUUCAGGGAUCGGCUGUGAUGAGUGUUCUUUUUCGGUUAUUGUGCAUUGUGCGUAUUCGUGAAUCGUGAUCGUGUGGAACUGUGGACUUGAAAUCCAUCGUUUGAACGCAUCUAUUUACUUGAAAAAUCUUCAGCAUAAUCUUGAAAUACUUAGAUGUUUAAAUAAUGUAUCGGGAUCAAAUUUUAAAGUUUGCUCAAUAAUGGUUAUUAAGUAAGCACUUACUGCUCAUCUUCCAAUAUGAAACAGCAAAAAAUUGAAUGCUGGAACAUGUUCCGUUCUGCGUCGAUCUUGGCGAUAUUUUUUAUCGACGUCACAUUCGGAAACUGGGAAGAAUGGUGGACGUACGAUGGAAUAUCAGGUCCAGAAUAUUGGGGACGAUUAAAUCCAGAUUGGGGACUUUGUAAUAAGGGUAGAAGGCAGUCACCUAUAAAUGUAGAUCCGACCAAACUACUAUUCGAUCCAUUUCUACCAGCGGUCGACAUAAAUAAAGAAACAAUCAGUGGAAUGUUAAUCAACACCGGACAGUCGCUGGUUUUUCGGGUUGACAAGGAGAACAAAAAUCACGUGAAUAUUACCGGAGGUCCGUUAGCUUAUCGAUAUCAAUUUGAAGAAUUUUAUAUUCAUUUUGGAUCUACUGAUAAUUCAGGGUCAGAACAUAAAAUAGGCGGCUAUACAUUUCCAGCAGAGAUUCAGUUAUACGGAUAUAAUUCAGAAUUAUACCACAAUAUGUCAGAGGCUCAACAAAAAGCUCAGGGUACAGUUGGCAUUUCCAUAAUGGUUCAGAUCGCGAACGAGUCCAGCCCGUCGGAUAUUAGGAUUAUCACGACAUCUUUCAAAGACGUAAAAUUUAAAGGAAAUAAAAUUCCAAUACAGCACUUAUCGUUUCAACAUUUUUUACCUGAAACGAUAUCAUACAUGACGUACGAAGGAUCUCUAACGUACCCAGGUUGUUGGGAAACGACUGUUUGGAUUAUUUUAAAUAAGCCUAUUUUUAUUACCAAAUCUGAGUUGUAUGCUUUAAGAAAUUUAAAACGAGGCUCAAAAGAAGCGUCUUUGGGACCAUUAGGAGAUAAUUCCAGGCCUACUCAAGGCAUUUCAAAUAGAACUGUUCGAACGAAUAUCGAUUUCAAGAAGAUAACUACUAAAGAUCUAACUCUUGGAUCGACAGAAGAAGCUAGAAAUCAUAAUCUGACUUUCAACAUACCUGAAAUGGAGAAAAUUUUCAAGUUUCUACGGCUCCUCGUUGUAUAUCAGUCACAAAAACCCAUUCGGAAAUGAAAACAAAAGUGAAAGGAUUUGUCACAUGAUUUUUAUUAUUUCAUUACGAUCGCCCCCCUCCUAAAAAAUUAGAAGAUUUGAUCGGAGAUUUGCAUUGAUGUGUAAACUAUACCUUUACCUACCUACGUAUGUACAAGUUUGAAUAAAAGUUAGAAACGCUAUAAAAUACUUGCAUGUAUUUAGUACCUUAUACCUAUCUACUUACUCAUUAUAAAAAAUUUGAUUCAAAAAAUGCAUAAUGAAAUGUUAAUUACCUUUUGUAAAUACCUAUUAAGUAUACCUAAGAUUCAAACUUAUUUCCAAUACUCGUAUUAUACGUACCUAUAAAUGUAGAUAUGUCAUAUUUUAAUUUCUAGUCGUAUGUAAAUGCAGAAGCUUUGUAUAUUUUGUACUCGUGUUAAACAUUAUUAAACAUUUUUAUAAAAAUAGUUUCUUACAAUAUUUUUUACGUCUUCGUCAAACGUAACAAAUCAACAUUUGGUUGAGUAAAAUAAUUCUGCGAAUAAUGCGGGGGAAAAAGUUGUAGGUAUGUAUAGUUAGAGUAAAAGCCAUCAAACGUUUGCAUUGAAAAUACAAUUUCAGACGUGUAAUGUUAAAGAAUACAGAAUUCGAAUUCGAAAAAGAUAUUUUAGGACAGGUAAUUGAAAUGCCUUUGUAAAUUGAAUGGUCUUUGUGAGGAGACGUUUCAUUUUGUAAUAAUACGCUUGUAUGACCUUACAUUUGCCUGUUCAUUUUACAAUUUGCAUGUCAGUAACACAAUAGCGGUUGAAUAUUUUCACUGUCAUAGAAAUAAAACGUAAUACAAUAAAUUUAAUCUUGUUUA